AGUAAUUUUAAGUUUCCACCGUUUUCCUUGAUUUUGUUCUUAUCUCUUUCAAGAUGAAGUUUUUUGGUAGACGGUCCCCUCAACUUGUCUGUGCACUUGUAAUUUUACUGCAUGCGGGAAGUGCUGCUGGAUUCAAUUCAACAUCCGGAGCUGCUGGGGUUAGGUGCAUAGAGAGGGAAAGACAAGCGCUACUCAUGUUUAAACAAAGUCUGGUUGAUGAGCAAGAUGUGCUUUCCACAUGGGGAAGUGAAGAACGGAGGAAGGAUUGUUGCAGCUGGACAGGAGUUAAAUGUAGCAACAGAAUUGGGCACGUAAUUUGGCUUGAUCUUCAUGAAAAAUCUUUAAGUGGUACGCUGAGUCCUUCUCUGUUUGAAUUGCAGUAUUUAACUUAUUUAAACCUCAGUUGGAAUGAUAUUGGUUCUAUACGCAUUCCAGAGUCAAUUAGUUCACUCAAGCAAUUAAAAUAUCUUGACCUUUCUGUUAAUAGUGUUGAUAAUCUUGAGUGGCUCUCUCAUCUUUCUUUUUUGAAAUACCUUGAUCUGAGUGGAAUCGACCUUCGUAAGGUUAAUAACUGGCUGCAGGUGGUUAAUAAGCUUCCUCAUCUAACCAACCUGCAACUCAAUUCCUGUAAUCUUCUAGAUAUCAUUCCUCAACCUCUCCCCAUGAACAAUACUUCUACUUCUCUUGCUGUCCUUGAGUUAUCAUAUAAUAACUUGACCGCUACAAUGUUCCAAUGGCUUUUCAACUUUAGCAACACCCUUGUCUAUCUCGACCUAUUUCAUAAUCAGUUACAAGGUUUGAUUCCAGAAGCUUUUGGUAACAUGAUUUUCCUAGAAGAACUAUAUCUCGGGGCUAAUCUAUUUGAAGGUGGGAUUCAAAAAUCCUUUGGCAACAUGUGCAAAUUAAGGCUUCUAUACCUGUCAUAUAACAAUCUCAAAGGAAUGCUUCCUGAGUUCUUUGGUAACUUAUCCGGAUGUCUAGAACUUACCUUAGAGACUUUGUCCAUAUAUGAUAACAAAUUCAUGGGACCUUUACCCAAUGCAAUUAGAAACUUUUCAUCAUUGAAGGAGUUGUAUCUUGCAUUCAAUAGACUAAAUGGGACUGUGCCCAACUGCAUCGGACUCUUGUCCGAGCUUGAGACAUUUCAUAUCAGUGGAAAUUCUUUUAAUGGGGUGAUCACUGAGAGGCACAUUUCUCAAAGCUCUUCAAGUCCAAAAUUUCCAAAAUGGUUACAGACUCAAAGAAACUUCAUGAUUCUUGAUAUCUCUAGGAACGAAAUUUCAGAUAGCAUCCCCGACUGGUUUUGGGAAAUAUCUUCUGGAGCAGAUCAGAUCAAUAUUUCUAGCAACCGCAUCUAUGGAAUUCUACCAUAUUUCUCAAUGAAGUUUUCUGGUUAUCCUUUGAAAGAUUUGAGUCAUAAUAAGUUGGAGGGUCCAUUACCACUAUUUCCUGCUAAUAUGUCGUCAUUAUCACUCUUCAACAAUGGGUUUUCUGGGAAUAUUUCUUCUCUCUGUUCUGUAACUGGUAACACAUUUCAGUUGCUUGAUAUCUCGUUCAAUCAACUAUCUGGAGAGCUUCCUGAUUGCAUGGCAAGUUGGUCAAAUUUAAAGAUUCUAAAUUUGGGUCACGCGCAUUUAUUUGGGAAAGUUCCAAGCUCUAUUGGAUCUCUUAACAUGCUUGAAACGACUAGUGCCAGACUGGAUUGGAGGAAGAUUGGGAACCUAACCUACCUUCUCCUUAGAUCCAAUAAUUUCUACGGAGAUAUCCCCUUACAGAUAUGCCAAUUGACAAAAAUGAUGGUGCUGGACUUCUCUAACAACACACUCUGUGGAAACAUACCAUGGUGCAUUCAUAAUAUGACUGCCUUGACCAGAAAGGAGAAUUUGGUUGGAGCAGAAAAUGAAUUUGCAAAAAAUCUCAGGAAUCUGAGGCUCAUUGACCUUUCAAGCAACAAUUUAACAGGAGAAAUUCCACAACAGAUAUGUAGUCUCUUUGAACUGAUGCAAUUGCAUUUGUCAAGAAAUCAAUUAACGGGAGGGAUUCCAGCAAAUAUCGGACAAAUGAGAAGCUUAGAAUCACUUGAUCUGUCACGAAACCAGCUUUCAGGCCAGCUUCCUUCAAGCAUGUCCCAGUUAAGUUUUCUCAGUAUAUUGAACUUGUCAAAUAACAACUUUUGUGGGAGAAUCCCGUUGGGCACCCAAUUGGAGAGCUUUCCUGCUUAUGCAUUUGCUAAUAAUUAUGCACUAUGUGGGCCUCCGCUAACACCAACAUGUCCGGAAGAUGAGAUACCUUUCUCUGGUGGUGGUAGAGAUAUCCAGGAUGAUGGGGACGAAUUCUGGAAAGGGUUUAAACCCAGCAUGGAACUCGGGAUGGCUUUUGGAUUUUUGGGAGUUCUGGCGUUAAAGUUGGAUCAUCCAUGGAAACAUGUCUGUAUCUUGCUAUUUAACUACAUGAAGAUCACCCUCAACAACUUGAAAGCCUACCUCUGUUUGAUUGUUGCAGCACUUGGUUUGGUGGUAACGGUAAAUGCUACCAGAUUGUGAAGAAAGUUGAGGUUUUAAGACCCAUCACUCUUUCUGUAGGGCGUGGAGACGUGGGUAUGUAUAAUGUUUGUUUAUGCUACCUUGUUGAUUAAAAGCAUUACUUCAUU